AUGAUCAUGAUCAAAUCUUUGUUCGCACGCUUUGUCAUAGCGUUCUGUACUAUCGCAGGCUUCACAAGAAUAUACGACCGCAUACCUCAAGCAGAGCCAGUUACAUUCUAUAUUAAUGAGUACGAUGUCUCCGCUCCACAACGUUUGUAUACUGAACACCCGCAGAAUAUUGUUCUCGUUAACAGUAGGCGUGACAACUUUAAGCACCGAGCCCUUAUCCGCCACACAUGGGGUGUCCGUGCGGACUUACUCUUAUUUUACGUUGCUGCCCAAUCUCUAGAAGAAGAUGAGCAAAUCGCCACCGAGUUCCGCAUACACCAGGACCUUAUAGUAAUGCAUAGUCCAGACGACUAUAGGCUAUUGACCGAUAAGCUCAUCGCCGGGCUGGGAGCUAUUGAUCACUUCAACUUGGAUUUCGAACGUAUUCUGCGCACCGACGACGAUGUGUACGUUGACCUCCCACAACUCUGGCACGACGCAACGGGCGAUUACUGGGGUCACUGUCUGACCGGAGCAAUACUAGAACGCCGCUCCGACAGCAAGUUUUAUACAUCGUACGAAAACGAACCCGAAGACAAGAUACCCACUAUUGUCUCUGGAUCGACCAUCACUCUAACACACCAGGCAUUCAAAAGAUUGGUAACUUAUCUGACGAAGCAUCACACGGGUGUCUGGAAUGAUGACAAUGCUGUAGCAUACGCUAUGCACCGUAUGCAUAUC